AUGGACUUCGAAAAGGCUGAAGAGAAUGCUUUAUUGGAAUGCAUUCCUUACGUCGAGGUGCAUGGAUGUUUAUUCCAUUUCGCGCAAAGCAUCUGGCGCCGAAUUCAAAAGCUCGGCCUGCACGCGCGAUUCAUUGAUGACUCCACCUACGACCUCAUCCCGAAGCAAUUCCUCGCACUGUGCUUCUGCAAUGUUUUCGACGUUUGCGACAGAUAUCGCAUGCUCGCAAGACAGCUGCUGGACUUGUUUGCACGCACCGAACAGUACCAAGACUUCCUAGACUACUUUGAGAAUACCUGGGUCGGUCGACCCCACAAGGACCCAUGGUUCCCAAUAUUCAUGUGGAAUUGCAAGCGCGUGACAGAGGUCAGCCUUCCCAGAACCAACAGCAAUGUUGAAAGCUGGCACCGGGUACUUCAAAAUUUUAUCGGUACAUUCCAUCCUACAGUAUUCGAGUUGUUGGAUGCGCUUUUCUCCGAACAAGUCCGUGUGGACGUGAUGGCCAUACAGCUCGACGUGGGUCAUCAUGAGCCACCGCUAUACAGAAAGGAGGAGUAG